AUGGCCCGCUCCAUCCUGUCCCUGGGCGCCUCCCUCUGCCUGCUCGCCUCGGUGGCGAUGGGCAAGGAGAUGCCGGUGGACGAGGAGAUGGCUGCCGAGUUUUACGACUCGGGCGUCAUCCACGAGGAGAUCAUGGCUCACAAGAUGGAGCUGUGGGACCGCGAAAAGGCAGAGGGGCUCAUGGACAGCGAGCGCUACCCGGAGCUCGGCUUCGCGCCCUGCGUCAACGGCUGGGUCGAGGCGAUCCCCGGCGACCGCAACAACACGUUCAAGUGCUCGCAGAUGGACCUGUACCACUUCCUGAGCCACGGCGCCACGGGCUCGUCGGGCCGCGGCUCGGGCGCGUGGGGCUGGAUCGCCGACAACGGGCGCGAGUUCAUCGCCAUCGGCCAGGAGGACGGCGCCAUGUUCGCCGAGAUCCUGCCCGAGGGCAAGCUGAAGGUGGUAGCGCGCCUGCCGCAGGUGUCGUCCGUGUCCAACUGGCGCGAGAUGAAGAGCUACAAAAACUACAUGGUGAUCGGGUCCGAGGCGGCCGCGCACGGGAUCCAGAUUUUUGAUAUGACGCGCCUGCUCGGCAUCGACGUCGAGGCCAACGGCGGGCCUGUCACCUUCCACAAGCUCGACGACCUGGCCGGCUACACGAACGAGAUGCCGACGGCGGGCCGCAGCCACAACGUCGUGGUCAACGAGGAGAAGGACUACAUGGUGGCCGUGGGCUCGCAGCCGCGCAACGACUCGUGCCGCAGCGGCCUCAUCUUCUUCGACAUCACCGACGUGUCCAAGCCGGUGCGCCUGGGCUGCGCCGCCGACGAUGGCUACGUGCACGACGCGCACUGCCUCGUCUACCGCGGGCCCGACAAGCGCUACGACGGCAAGGAUAUUUGCUACGGCUAUAACGAGGAUUCGCUCACCAUCUACGACGUCACCAAUAAGGCCAACGUGACAAACAUCAUCUCGCGCACCUCGUACGAGGGCGUCAACUACACGCACCAGGGCUGGGUCACCGACGUCAACAACCAGGAGUUCCUGCUGCUCAACGACGAGCGCGACGAGCGCUUCAAGGCCGGCCCGGCCGCCGACCAGCUCCCCGUCGUCUACAUCUGGGACAUCCGCGACCUCGAGCACCCCAAGCAGACGGGCAUCUACAAGUACGACACGCCCGCCAUCGACCACAACCUCUACAUCAAGGACGGCAUCAUGUUCCAGAGCAUGUACGGGUCGGGCUACCAGCUGCUCGACGUUUCCUCCGUCGGCCCGGCCGACCCCACGGGCGCGGGAAUCUGCCGCGCAGCCUUUAUCGACAUCUACCCCGAGGACGACAACCUGCCCGGCGGCGGCAUGGUCGAAUUCGUGGGCAGCUGGUCGUCGUGGGGUUGGUUCCCGUCGGGCUUCCACGUGGUCAACACCAUCGAGCGCGGCGUCUUCCUCGUCAAGCCCACGUCGCUCAAGUGCCCGCCCAAGCCGAGCUGCGCGGCCGACAACUGCCUGCGCGCGCUGCGGGCCGAGUCGGUCCAGGGCCGCCUGGCGGCGUCGCAGGAGUUCUGCAAGGGCUACACGCGCAACCUCGUGACCGAGGUGACGGUGCUGCCCGACUACGCCCAGAAGGCCUGCACGGGCGACGCCAUCCAGCGGGUGAGCAGCGCCUGCAGCUGCCUGCCCAAGCCGACGCCGCGCCUGUAG